UUUUACUCGCCAAAGUUAUCUUUGACCCAAAAUAUAAAAUGAAAAAAAAACCUAACUCCAGAAACAGUUCUAACCCGUUUUCUCAUUUUCCUUUUUCAAGAACAAAUUUCGAAACGAACGAAACCCCAAAAAACGGCAGCGCGCAAAAUUAAAAUGUUCGAGCGAAAAACUCUCAGAAGCCACUGAUUGUAUGCAUCCCCAAGAAAUCCCCCAAAUUUACUCCAACAAUCCAGCAAUUAUCCGCUACUCUGCGAACCAUAUUACUGAGAUUUCGAGCCUUCAGCAAUGGCGGACAAGGAGAAUUGCGUGAGGGUAACGCGCUUGGCGAAGAAGAGGGCUGCGGAAUCGAUGGCGACUGAACUGCAGCACCAGAGGAAGAAGAGGGUCGUUCUGGGCGAGAUCAAGAACGACCCGAAUUCGGUUCUGAACCGGGUUUUCGAGCAUCCGAAACCCAAGUCCAAGCAGGUUAAGAGCAAGGUUUUGAAGGAUGUACUGGGAAGGGCGAAGGAGAAGGUUAAAAUCUCUGAGAAUGAAACGGACGUGGACGCGAAAUCCAAUGACCCCCAGAUGUGUGCCGCCUAUGUCGCUGAGAUUUAUGAGUACAUGCGCCAAUUGGAGAUGCAAGAUGGAAGGAGACCUUUGCCUGACUAUAUCGAGAAGGUCCAAAGAGAUAUAAGUGCAAAUAUGAGAGGGAUUCUGGUAGAUUGGUUGGUUGAAGUUGCGGAGGAAUACAAACUUCUUUCUGAUACUCUCUAUCUUGCUGCUGCGUAUGUUGAUCGGUUCUUGUCGAUGAAAGCUAUCACUCGUCAAAAUCUUCAGCUUUUGGGUGUUUCUUCCAUGCUUAUUGCCGCGAAGUACGAGGAGAUUAGUCCCCCGCACGUUGAAGACUUCUGUUACAUUACGGAUAACACUUACAGCAAGGAUGAAGUUGUGAAAAUGGAGGCAUAUAUACUCAAGUUCCUUAAGUUUGAAAUGGGAUGUCCGACUACCAAGACAUUUCUUAGGAGACUAACUCGUGUUGCUCAAGGACAUUUUGAAACUCAAAAUUUGCAGUUUGAGUUCUUGGGCUAUUACUUAGCCGAGUUGAGCUUGUUGGACUAUAGCUGCCUUCAAUUCUUACCUUCUUUGAUAGCUGCUGCAGUUACAUUCCUUUCAAAAUUCACUCUUGAACCUACCCUGCAUCCCUGGAAUCAAGCACUCAAAAAAUAUGCAGGAUAUAAAGCAUCUGAUUUGAAAGAUUGUGUUCUGAUCAUACAUGACUUGCAAUUAAGUAGAAGGGGAUGCUUCUUGACAGCAAUAAGGGAAAAAUACAAGCAGCAUAAGUUCAAAUGCGUAUCAAUGCUCUCAUCUCAACCCGAGAUACCCAAUUCUUAUUUUGAAGAUUCGAAAGUAGGAGUGUGAAUACUUAAGGAAGUCCGCCCUUGGGUUGGAGUUUGAUGUAAUGCCAAGUUAGGCGAUUCUACGUAUAGGGUUUUAUGGUGUGGUUUCUUAGAUAUAUGACCAUAUUGUUUCUCACAUUGUGUAUAACACUUGACAAUAUUGCCAAUUCUUUUUGUAAUAUGAAGGUGAUUAUAUAUGCCAUAUUCCAUAUAGUAUUCACCUUU